AUGUCUAAGGCGACGUACGAGAUCAUCAACGAUGUUGUCAGCGGGUGUCUGGCACUUGCAAUAUCUGUAGUGGGCAUUCCCGCCAACCUGGUCACGUGCCUGGUGUUCUGGCGUCAGGGUCUGCGAGACCGGAUGAACCUCUGUCUCUUCUGUCUGGCUGCUGUGGACUUGCUGUACCUGAUGCCCGUCCUGAGUGUCGGACCAUUUCUUCACCUCGCCAGUAGUCCUCACGCCCAGGAAUACACUCUCAAGAUUCUUAGUGUGGGUUUUUUCAUCGACUUGUGGGACAAGUCCUUAGGAGAGGAGCUAACCUUCAAGUCACUCGUAUAUGGACUCGGGUUUGUGUACGGGCUGCGAGCGACCUCGGACAUCAUCAGCAUGAUCCUCGCCGUGGACCGCUGCCUGUGCGUCCUUCUGCCUCUCCGAGUCACUCACCUCAUUCGCACGCGCACCAUGGCGGCCAUGAUGGCAGCAUCUUUCAUCUUCUUACAGUUGAGCUACGUUGUCUUGCCCCUGAGGUUUAAUGUUGCUAAGAAUUAUGUCAAUGCAACCGGCAAAAUUGAGUGGACGUUAGUACAGACGAACAUUGGACUAAAAUAUGGAAACAUUUUUGACAUAAUUUAUGGAGGUUUCUUGAGUAUAUCUCUCCCCAUUGUGAACUUCACCACAGUAGCAGCAGCGACGGCCUUGACCGUAGGAAAGCUGAGAGUAGCGACAAGAUGGCGAGCGAAAACGAGUUCCGCAAACAGUGAGACCCAAGACCGUCAGGCAGGUGCCACCAAGAUGUUGGUGUUGGUCUCGUGUCUCUACAUCGUAACCAUGACACCCUUCGUCGCUACCAUUUUCACACGAAUCAUCGUCCGAGACUUCUCGCCCUACGGCCGUUACUACAUGCAGUACAUGGCGAUAUCUGCGAUCUCAGACUCCUUCUCUUUACUAAACAACGCCGUCAACUUCUUCGUGUACCUCGCACAAUCCUCCCGCUUCCGCCGUGACCUUCUCGUCAUUUUGCGGCCAUGUCAGAAGGAAACCUCGUCUGAUCAACGCUCAGCAAAACUAUUUACUGAAGUUCAGUCAACGAAAACGUCCCUUUGA